AUGGAUCACCCUUACGCGGUCAACGAACUCAUACUAAUGCUAGGACUUGUCGCAAGCAAAUUCGGAAAUGAAAGAAGUCUACCGAAAGCCUUGGAUUCCGAGGAUGGGCCGGCCCAUCCUAACAUCAUUUAUGAGGAGCCGGACGACGAAGCCUCCUCCUCAGAUAAAGAUGUCUCCGACGCAACUCUCCCGGCAAUCAAAACUUUAUCUAUUUAUUUGUUUUUUGGCGGGUUCGGUCAGGAGGGACAAAAGAGAGAUUCUAUCAGUCAAAAGCAGAUACCGCCCCCCAUGCUCCUACGGUCCGCUUACCGAGGAAUAGAAAGGAAGGACCCGGGCCAGAGCAAGUUGGGUUGGGGUAUAGAGCCUCUCUAUUGGUCUUAUUCUUAUUGUGCGCCUUGUGAGCGCGUUUGGAUCCGCGAAGGAAAUCGCUCGGAUGUUCCCCUAACCCAACCCGGGAACGGACCGGAGGGAACCGCAGCAUGGGGAAUGUCCGCGUCUCGUCGCAAGGCUCAUUUUGAGUUGUGGGUCAUAGGGCGGGCAGCUUUAUCUGAUCAAGGGCCGGGGCACAAGGGUCCUAGUACUAUCCAGGUGCGAAGAAGCCCGGAGGUGACUGCAAUGAGCAGAAAUCUCACUCACCGGCCUAAACGACGAGCAAACACUCGAACAUCGGCCAUAGGAGUACUCCGGGAUAUAAACCAGGGCAACAAAAGUGGAGCAUACGGCGAUGCCGCCCGUUUUCAUUUCGUGGAAGUCCCCGGCAGAGGAAAGGGCUGUCGGGGCUUUCUGCCUUGUUAUCAAAAAGGGGGUUGGGUAAAGCAAACUCCCUCCUUGGACGAGCACGGGCUUAGUCAAGUAGAACCGGGUUGCGCUGCUGGAUGCUCCGAUCGAAAAGAAAUCAGUGGGGCCAUGCCGAAGGGGAAUCAAGCCCGAUUCUAUCUUGCUUUCACCUCCGCUGUGAAGGCUCUUAUCUCAGAAGGCAUACAAAAAGCUCUUCCACGCCUAGCAUCGUACUUUCCACUACUCGUGAUUCCACCUGGCACCGACAAAUCCCAUUCUAGCGGGGAAGAACCACCAUCCGGAGAAGCUGCAUCUUCAAUGGGUAGAUCCCCUCCAAGCUUGACUCAUAGGAUGGGGAAAACCAAGCAACGACCAGCUCAUUCACCUGAAUUUGGUUGGGGCACAGCGGGUAUUGAACAUCUAAGUGCGAGCCUACCUCCGCUAGUGAUCCCUCUUUCCCUGGAACCAAUGGUUACGAAUCUGCAUCGAACUAACGAAAGAACCCCUGACGGAACUGAAUUAGACUAA